AUGUCGAAGAGAGGAAGAGGUGGUUCUGCAGGAGCCAAAUUCAGAAUAUCUCUAGGUUUACCUGUGGGUGCAGUAAUUAACUGUGCUGACAACACAGGCGCGAAAAACCUCUAUGUGAUAGCUGUCCAGGGAGUAAAGGGUCGUCUCAACCGUUUACCGGCGGCCGGUUCAGGUGACAUGAUUGUUGCUACAGUGAAGAAGGGAAAACCAGAGUUGAGGAAGAAGGUGAUGCCAGCAGUUGUCAUUAGGCAGCGAAAACCGUUCCGGAGGAAGGAUGGGGUCUUCAUAUACUUUGAAGAUAAUGCUGGUGUAAUAGUAAACAACAAAGGUGAAAUGAAAGGCAGUGCGAUCACUGGGCCUGUUGCAAAGGAGUGUGCCGAUUUAUGGCCCAGGAUUGCAUCAAAUGCAAGCAGUAUUGCAUAG